AUGGCAUCGCUGAAAGUCCUGGCAAUCCAAAAGAAUAGGAUUCAGCAUCUGCCGUUCUGUAUAUCUGAAAUGACUGCGCUACUAGCCCUCAAGAUCGACGGCAACCCGUUGACUCCGAUGCUGAGUCGCAUUGUCGAGGCACAGUGCCUUGACGCUGCUUCCAACAGUCCUCGAGACAACGAAAGCACUGAUAUGGAUGUUACGGCUCAGAUAAAGCAAGUAUUGAGACACAAUACUAGGUAUACUGCAAGCCGGUCUGCACCACAGACAGCGAUGGGCUCAAAUCAACAGUUCGAAACGCGCCAACACUCUUCAAAGCGAAGCCGUGCUGGGCGAUUCCCUGUUAGAACUGAUAGAGCCGAUCUUCCAAACUCAUGCCCAUCACCUUUCUCGCCCAAGUCACACUCAAAAGCUCCCUCAAUGCAUUGCAAAGCGCCCUGGAGCCCCAAGACAACUUACCAGAAACAAGGUGGUGUAGAGACUUCAUCAAACAACUCUAGCGGCCUUCAGACACCGGAUCCUCGGAAUGUUCGUACCCGCAACGAUCUGUCAGUAGUCCAUGUGAAUAAGAGGUUCGGGUUGCAACAGAUUCCCCAGUUGCCAUCAACAGACAGACUGAGUCAGCAUCUUCGUGGACUAAGUCUCAAUACUACGGUGUAUCCAAGAGCCCAAGUACAAGAACCGAAAGACUACCCAUUCUCCUCGACAGGUGAACUUCUCAAAAUCGUUCCGAUUGCUCGGUCUAAUACACGAGAUCCCCUGUUAGAUAUGGCACGAACAGUCUUCUUCUCCAUCCACCGAAUACACUGGCUUAUCGAAGCUCUAUCAGAUCUCACAAGUGACGGAGGCUCUAGACGAUCAAGUCUUCAGAUGGUAGCAUAUAACGCAAGCCUCCAUCUUGGCGAACUCGGAGAGCAGAUUCAGACUUAUGCCACCCAGGCUGAUGAGAUCUCGAAGAUGAAACAAAAUAUGAACCAGAUCAGGCGCGCUUGCAGUGUUCUAACAAAGGCGUAUCUUCCGGUCUGUUCGCAGGUCUGUCGAAAUAUCGAAGUUCUUGUUGAACGGGCAGAAGGGCGCUUUGUCAACGACUUGAUCUGCAGCCUGUAUGCUAGUGUUAUGGGGCUACGAGCCGAAUUUCUUUGUUUCCAGAGUCCAGCUACGCUCCAGCAAACCACCGAACUCGGCUCCGUUAAAAGACAAACACGGGAAAGCCCAAAGGGCAAAUCAAACCCAUCUGUUCCAACGGCUGGUCCGGGGCACGCUAAACGCUCCCCAAAUAAAGACGCAGCUCUUCAAGAGUCUCAAUGGACACUCCCACCACCAGCACGUACAUUGGCAUUGGAUGGAGAACCCGAGGUUCUUCAUCAGUUACACGUAGCUCUCUACCGACUAUGCAAACUCAUCCCAGAGACUCUACCAUCUACCGGCCGCAGAUUCCAAGCCCAGAUCCAGAACGUGGAGAGACGGCAGUCUGCACUAGACGCCUGCUCCAGAGUCAUCAGGCUAUCAGAAACUGUGAAGCAAAGCCUUGAACCCGUCAACAUGAACUUGAGCGGUCCACUUCGCAAUCUCUAUUAUCAACUCGUUGAUGCCUGGGCUACCUUUGGCGGUAUUGUGAAAUCGCUCAACAGCGGGCUGGAUCUUGACCCAGAUUCAAGAAAGGGACUUCAACAAAUCCAGCAACUUGUAAAAGAAGUGAUGCGGUGCUUGAGAGUUCUGCCAAUAAACACAAACACCGACACAGGGUUCACUGAUAGUUUUCCGUUGACACCACAGCAGGCCUCACUAGGGCCAGCAGUCCAAGCGACAAUCUCACUUUCGCCAUAA